AUGGAUAUAGUUUUCAUAACGGACGUACCUCUGCUCUCAACGAGAUAUUCCCUCGAGCAAAGAUCGCAAGAUGGAACAACAGCAGCAGACAACAACUUUCCAUUCACACAACCACUUCCACAAAAGAUACUUUCUGGUUUCAGCGAACAUUUAUACAACGCUGAUCAGCAGCAGGAACUACAACAAACUGGAGAUGAAUGCAACUUUUUAAACUUCAUCUGGGCUUGCGCGUUGAUGGUCCUAUGUUAUUUGGGUUACCUGGGCAAUGUCCUCAGCUUCCUGGCUCUCAACAGAGAUCGUCGUAACUCUGCAACGAUGCUUUUGCAAGCUCUAUCAAUUAGUGACAUCGUGUUACUAAUAUCGGUGAACAUCACCGACGCAGUUCCUUAUUAUUGUGACUACAUCGGUUCGUGUGUCAAUCCAUGGAAAUCAUGGCCUCCUAUAAGGUAUGUUUGGAUUCUUACUCCAAUUGGGCAUAUGUGCAGCAUCUGGCUGGUAGUUCUUGUGGCUGCAAAUCGUUAUUGGGCUGUAUGCAAACCUCAUUCGGCCUCUCAAACCUGGUCCAACAAGAGAACAUUCAGUUAUAUUGUUGUUGUCUUCAGUAUUGCAUUUAUUUUCAAUGUACCGAGAUUUUUCGAAUACAAAAUAGUCGAAGUAAAAGAAGAAAAACUGUUGAAUGCCUCAAUAAAUCCAAGCUAUCUAAAACCACUGGUCACAUAUAGUCAUGAUAAUACAACCCCACCUUACAACAAAGGAGACAAUUUUGCAGUUGUAAACGUUACAAUUCCUAGCUCCAGUGAUACAAAUUUAUAUAAAAAUGACCAGGGUAAGUACAACAUUUUAAACAAUGGAAUUUUCAUUCCUCAUUCAUACAACAAUGAAUCCAGUAAGAGUAACAGAACAUACAAGAGACAAGCAACUUACGGCCAUAAAGAACAAACCACAUCCUUUGGCGAGAGUACACUCUAUAAAGUUGGCUACAAAGUAUUUCUGGUCAACACAUUUCUAGUUAUUAUACCAAUACCAAUGCUGUUUGUAACGAGCCUCUGGAUAAUUCGGUCGUUGAAAAAAUCAGUCGAAAGAAGCAGGUCUUAUCUCGCUCCGCCAAACAAAUCUCAAUCGUUUUCUUCGAAAAGUGGAGUUCCUCUCGAUGAAAACAACAAAAACCAAGACGUGAAAACUUACGAGGAUAAACAAAUUAAUAAUAAUGCUGACUCUGUCAAAAGUUUGAGUGCAAAAAAUAAAAAGCCGUUAACUAGAAGCAUUCGUGUCAAAGAAGAAAAGGGCGUCAGUAAAAACAGAUUUGGUAGUAGUAUGAAAAAAGUGUCGGCAUCCAAAGAAAUAACAUUUUUACUGGUGACCGUAAUAUUAGUAGCAGUUGCAUGUCAAACUCCUCUGGCUCUUUUCCAUUUCGUCAGAUAUGCAUAUUCGUACGGAUGCAGAGACCUAGUAUAUUAUUUGGAGUCUGCCAGCAAAUUCCUGGUCAACCUCAACAGUUGCAUCAAUUUUGUACUCUACUGUGUUCUCAGUCCUAAAUUUCGAGGUCUUCUCAAGUCACUGAUCAAAUGUCAAAGCCCAGAAAAUCAAAAACAGUCGCGUCCUUUAUUAAAUCAAGAACGUUCUUUUAAAUUGGAGAAAAAGUCAAAUAGGACUAGUAUCAGCGCUAAACGUGACGAAGAUGAAAAGAUAAUAAAGUUGUCGGAUAAAGAAAGUGACAAAGAAGAUAAUGAUGAUGAAACAAAAGCUCUUGUAGCUGUUGUUGUUGCCGAAACGCCAAUAUUGACCAAAAUAGAAACUAUUGCCACAGACGAGCCAGCCACAGAAACGGAAAUGGUAGCGCUGUUGGACAACGAAAAUGUUGAAACCACGAUAGAAAAGAGAGUUGAAAUUAAUGAUUAA